CAGCCUUUUCUCUUCCUCGGAACUUGGAUAUAUCUCCUCCAAUUCAUCGUCGCUGGCAUGAUAAUGGAUCACAGGAACAGAUGUCGUGAUAGGUUUACCUUUUCGAAAGAAGAAACAACGAAACACAUAAGUAGUUUUUAAAUAAAGAAACUCAGAAUUCCCUGGUGUACGAUCUCCACACAAGAUGGCGGAUCGAUCGCAACGUGUUCGAGUUUGGAAACGUCUCUUUAAACCGACAAUUCGAUGUCUAUCGCGUUGGAAGUGUUCCCCCUUGACGUUUGACGUUAGGAAUAAUUAUCGAACAAGUUGUAAGGUUUCGCCAGAAUAAAAAUGGUGUAAGGAAAAUUUGUGUGAAAAAAGAUGAGCAGGAUAGCGAAGAUGGCCUGUCCUGGAGGUGGCUUGUACGUCCUCGAGGGCGAAGUCUGCCUCUUAGCGACGGCUAUGAAAAGGGGUACUCGUUGGUCUUCCCAUUCCCAUCAGGACGACGACCAGGAUGCUCUUCUGAAAGGACUCUGCACUCUGAAAGAAGCUUUGAACGAAGCGAAAGAUCUAUCUUAUUUGGAACCAGGAGUGUUUUUAGCUCCGUUUUUAGAGAUUAUAAGAUCGGAGGAGACAACCGGGCCUGUUACGAGCCUCGCCUUGUCCGCAGUGAAUAAAAUCAUAUCCUACGGUCUGAUUGAUCCUGAUCACCCAGCGAUAGCGCAAUGCGUCGAAGCUGUAGCGGAUGCUGUUACGCACGCGAGGUUCGUUGGUACCGAUGCCUCCGGAGACGGAGUCGUUCUGAUGAGAAUACUUCAAGUUUUGAGGGCCCUUAUGUUAUCCGCGGCUGGAGAUUCCCUUUCGAACGAAAGUAUCUGCGAGAUUAUGCUCAGUUGCUUUAGGAUAUGUUUUGAGACGCGUCUCAGCGAGUUAUUGAGGAGAACUGCCGAGCACUGUUUAAGGGACAUGGUCCAGCAUCUUUUCACUAGAUUGCCACAAUUCGCAGACGACACAAGGGUUCUGUUAAACAUGAAGAAAAUGAGGACAAACAGUAUGGAGAGCGGUCGCAGCAAAAACAGAAGAAACAAGAAUCAUUUGAAACAAAAGGCAAAAUCGAGCGCGGAUAAUGUAGGUGAUAGCGAAAGUCAGCUUCAAAGUCCUGUCGAUAGAGUGAGACCGAGUCAUUUGGCGACAACGCCUGUUACUACCGCAGGAAAUAUUGUCGACAUGCAAGGUGCUUUAGAUCAUGGGGCUGCAGAGAAAGCGGACGAGGAAAAGAAUGUUAACAAAGAUAAAAAGGAUCCGAACGACGUGGGUGAAAUCAGGAAGCAAAAAGACGAGUCGAACGCGAAGAUAAAGAGGGAGGAUUCGAAGGAUAUACCGCGGUGUAAGGAAGGUAACGACGAUACAGAGAAGGAAAGAGGCAGCUCCGUGGAAAAGGAGCAAGUUUUACAGGAAGAAAAUAAGAGUAUAGAGAAAGAAGAGGUGGACGAACAGAACGAAACCGAAUUGAAGAAAACGGAUGAGUCCAAGGACGAAGGUCAAGAGGGUCGGUCGGUGGAGGAUGAAAAGAGUACAGAUUUAAUAACAUCUCCAGCUGGAAGCGUGGAAGAUUUAUCAGUGGAUGAAAGUACAAAUGGUGCGUCUAAGACGUCGAAAACAAAGGAUCCGGAACAAGUCGAGGAGUAUAUAAAUGCUCAAGGAGUACGCUUUAUGUCGCUCCAACAAUUAUCCCCUUACGGUGCUCUGUGCGCCCGUGAAUUAUUUAGGUUCCUGGUGUCUUUGUGCAGUCCUCUCGAUAAACAGAAUAACGAAGUUAUGACACAUCUCGGCUUGAGUUUGUUGCAAGUGGCUCUGGAGAUCGCUGCCGAUGCCUUUUCGAAUUUUCCCUCGUUACUCGCCCUGGUGAAGGACGAUCUUUGCAGGAAUCUUAUUCUGCUUCUUGGCACAGAUCGAUUGUCGAUCCUUGCAGCGGAUCUGCAGGUCUCCUUCCUGCUGUUUGAAUCACAAAGGGAGCAUUUAAAAUUUCAAAUGGAACAUUACACAAACAAAUUGAUGGAAAUAGUGAGCUCCGAUUCGAACAGGAUAUCGUACGAUCAACGAGAACUAGCGCUCGAGGCAAUCGUCCGAUUAUGGAAAAUACCUGGCUUACCAGCGGAAUUAUACUUGAACUAUGAUUGCGGUUUAUAUUCUACCAACUUGUACGAAGAAUUAAUGAAAUUAUUAUCGAAGAAUGCUUCCGCGUUGAUGGGAAAUAUGCACAAUAUGCAGUUCAUUUCUUUGGACGCGAUAAUUGCGUUGAUCACUGGUAUGGAGAUCAGAUGUAAAGGAUACAAGGAAUUGUGCAAACCUUCUCGACACAAUGCUUCACCGAAUCUUCCCUCGCGAGAAGAGUUACUUUCUAUAAAGGCGAACAAGCGGUGGCUGGUACUAGGCACGGAGAAAUUCAAUGAAAAUCCACGGGAAGGGAUUGCUAAACUCACAGAGCACGGUCUCUUGGGUGGGAGUCCGGGUAGUCCGGAUCCAGAGAAAGUAGCGAAAUUGUUGAAGGAGAAUCCUGGGCUGGAUAAGAAAGCAAUCGGAGAAUACAUUAGUAAAAAGGAGAAUAAGAACGUCUUAAAUUGUUUCGUUCAUAAUUUCGAUUUGAAAAACACACGAAUCGAUCAAGCGUUGCGGCUUUAUUUGGAAUCCUUUAGACUCCCCGGGGAAGCGCCGCUUAUCUCGUUGUUGCUUGAAAAAUUUGCGGAACAUUGGCACGAUAGCAAUGGAAAACCGUUCUCUUCGGCAGAUGCCGCGUUCACUUUGGCGUACGCUGUGAUCAUGUUGAACGUUGAUCAACACAAUUACAAUGUAAAACGGCAAAACAAUCCCAUGACUGCGGACGAGUUUAAAAGGAAUUUAAAAAAGGUGAACGGCGGUGCUGACUUUGACCAAGAUAUGCUGGACGAAAUAUAUUAUUCUAUCAAGGGCGAGGAAAUCGUGAUGCCUGCCGAACAAACCGGCUUGGUGAAAGACAAUUACCUCUGGAAGGUGUUGUUACGCAGAGGCGUCGGCCCUGAAAGUACGUACCUAAGAGUAGGAAAUACAGGUGAAUUCGUGGACAAGGAAUUGGUCGAACAAGCGUGGGCGCCCAUCGUGAGCGCCCUUUGCAGAGCGUUCGACAAAGCACCCGAUCGAUCGUUGCAACGUCGAGUUGCCGAAACAUUUCUCCGUUGUGCUUCCAUCAGUGCUCAUUUCGGUAUGAGCAGCGAUUUAGACACGCUGGUAGUAAGUCUGUGCAAAUUUACGGGUCUCGCGACCGGUGGAGAACCCGACCAAGUGGUGCUACAGCUAGGCGGAAGCGGCAAGUGCCAGUUGGCUGCUCGUACUGUGUUCACGAUAACACACAUGUACGGGAACGCGAUGAGAGCUUCCUGGAAGAACAUCAUCGAUUGCUUGCAGUCGUUGUACAAAGCAAGAUUGUUGCCAAAGAAUCUGACGGAAGGGGAAGAUUUCCUAGAUUCCUCUGGAAAGGUGUCGCUUCUUCGAGAAACGGCUACGCCGAAACCAGCUCCGGUUGAUCAAGGAAUAUUGUCAAGUUUGUAUUCGUACAUAGCUCUGGAUACGUCUCGAAUGACGCAUCCCGCUGAGACGACAGCGAGGAAAAGGGCCAUAGAAUUUAUCAACAAUUGUUACCUGCGACAAGUGAUCGAGGAGAGCAGAUUCUUGGAAGUGGAGUCCCUUCGGUCGAUGGUCGGAGCUUUGGUGUUCGUUAACUGUCACGAGGAAGACGUCUCUGUAUUUCUACUGGAAUUGCUGUUAGAAGUGACCAUUCAGAAUCGCGAUCGAGUUACAUGCAUUUGGCCGAUCGUUCAAGCUCAUCUGGACGGGUUGCUGACCAGCGCAGCGCGAGAGAAUCAUCCCUAUCUUUUGGAAAGGGUGGCCGUUGGAAUGCUGAGGCUAGCGAUUCGAUUGUUGCGAGGAGAGGAAUGCGCGUGGACCGUACUGCCGUCUCUGUUACCGUUAACACAUCUACCUUCGGUGAGCAGCGCUCCGCUUGCCCGGCAGAUCGCUUACGGUCUGUUCGAGCUGCUUAAAACUGGCGCGGCGAAUAUCCACAGCACGGAAGAUUGGCGGGUGGUGUUCAAUCUGCUGGAGUGCGCUGGCGCUGGAGCGUUAUCGCCGAAACAGUCUAACACGGUGUUGGACGAAGCGAGCAGCUGUAGAACGUCGGUGUUGGAUCCGAGACCGAUCAGCCCGGUGCCUGAGUGGGUUCUGGUGUCUCCAACGGGUACAGAAGCGCCGUUGCCCGUCGCUGCCGACACGAUAGUGCUCGACCGGGACCUGCAGCCUCACGAUCCUCACGCUCUGAUCAAAUGCUGCGAGAGCCUGAUGUUCCUGGUCCGCGACGUAGCCCAUGUAACGCCCUUUAACUUCGAACUGUGCAUUCGUUGCGUGAGAACGUUCGCCGAGGCGGUCCUCCUGUGUUCCGGUAAAAGGACCAAGAUGCACGGUGGGAGCGAGGAGCCGGCUGGCUAUCAACAGACCCCCAUUCAAUUAUUGGAUCUGAUGCACACGCUGCACACGAGAACCGGCCAGGUGUUUCGCUGGUGGGCCGAAGAGGGCAACACGAUGGAGGGAGUAUCGCUUUGGUCGCAAGCGUGGAGACCUUUGUUGCAGGGUAUCGCGAGAUUGUGCUGCGACGCCCGCAGACAGGUUCGUACAGCAGCGAUCACCUAUCUUCAGAGCACUCUGCUUGCUCACGAUCUAGCUCAAUUAUCCGCGGUCGAAUGGUCCCAAUGCUUGGAGCAGGUGUUGUUCCCUUUGCUGGCACAGUUGCUGGGACCGAUCGCCUCCAACGAUCCCAUCGGCGUCGAAGAGACCAGAGUCAGGGCGGCGAUGCUGUUGUCCAAGGUGUUCCUUCACCAUUUGAAUCCUCUGUUGACCCUUCCAGGCUUUCUACCAUUGUGGUUGACGGUGUUGGACUUGCUCCGCGCCUAUAUGCACGCGGACAAUAGCGAGCUCCUUUACGAAGCCAUACCAGAGUCGUUGAAAAAUAUGUUACUGGUGAUGUCCUCGGCCAACGUGCUGGCUCCAAAUUCGAAUCUCUGGGCGCCGACCUGGAGAACCAUCGACGGCUUCUUGCCAAACUUGAAAGCGGAACUGUUCCCGGAACCGGCACCCUCGUCACCGCCGCCUCCACCUCCUCCUCCACCACCCUCGGAGCUUUCGCAGCCCUCGCAACCUACACAGACUCAAGAGAACACCGCACAGGUGAUCAGUUUGGUCGAACAACAGCAACCAUCCUUCUCUGGAUCGAUAGCGCCUCAGCCGGAAAAGAACGGAUCGCUCGAUCCAAGUAGGAUCGCAUCGUUGCCUGGUCAAGAGUCGGAUGCGAAAUCGACCGUGUCUUUAAAAGAAGCUGCCAGACCUGAUACUCUACCGAUUCCGAUACCUCUAACGCGUCUACCGUUCGACAAGAACGGCAAAGAAUCGCAACAGGUGAUCACGUUGGUCGCUCAACAACCACCGAUCGUAUCGAGUCCGGUUGCAGUGCAACCGGUCGUGCUCGCGACAUCUCCAAUCGACGCGUCCAGGAAUGUAAACGAUUGGUCCAGUGCCGACUCUGGAAUACAACGACCGUCGCGAAUACCGGUGGAAUCGGAUCCCGAGGCUACCUUGCCAAAGAUUAGUCAAAGUAACGAGCCAGAAAUGAUGAUCGCGGCAAGUAAAUACGAAGAAGAAAGGCAGCAGCAUCAGCAGGUUUCGUUAGAAUCGCAAUCUAUACCGUUAUUACCACAAAAGCAACAAUUCCAAAACGCUGGAGUAGCAAAUUUUUCCCUUCGUACGAACUCGUCCGAGACGACGAACUUGGAUUCCGCGGCAGCGAUGUUUAAUUCUGCAGCGUAUUUCAGCGAAGAUCCAGCGGCUGAUCGAUUGUUCGCCGUCACUAACCCUUGACCACUGUACAUUCGCUAUGUAUAUUGUAUCAUUUCCACGGAAGAGAAAUUUUCGAGCGUACUUUUAACGAAAGAAUAAUCGAUAGAUAGAAUCUUGUCUUGUACAUUUGGCAUUGCGAUAUAUUAAUAACAGUAGUAUAUCACAAUGAA